AUGACGGCCACCAAAUCUGAUGAGCGGCUGCCGCUGCUGCCAGACACGCCUUCGUACACCGCGACACGGACCGUAGCCUCCUCCUCCUCCUCCUCCUCCUCCUCCUUCUCCGACAAUGCUCUCACACUCAAAGACGCGCCGACGCGCUCCGUCGACGACGACGUGCUGCCCGAGACGUCGACGCUCGGCCGCACGCUGACCUGGAACAGCUCGUACAUUCUCGUCAUGUCGCGCAUCAUUGGCAGCGGCAUCUUUGCCACGCCCGGCGCCAUCCUCCAGUCCGUCGGCAGCCCCGGCGUCGCGCUGCUGCUGUGGGUAGUCGGCGCGCUCGUCACGGCCGCCGGCCUCGCCAUCCUGCUCGAGUACGGCUCGGCGCUGCCGCGGUCCGGCGGCCACAAGGUCUACCUCGAGUACACGUUUCGGCGUCCGCGCUUCCUGGCGUCGACGCUCGUCGCGAUUAAUGCCGUGCUGCUGGGCUUUACCGCCAGCAACUGCGUCAUCUUUAGCCAGUACACGCUCUACGCGGUUGCUGGUCACGAUCAGGCCGGCGGCGAGGCGGCGCAGAAAUAUGUGGCUGUGGGCAUGCUCACGCUGGUGACGGCCAUUCACCUGUUUACGCCGCGGUUUGGCAUCAAGCUGCAAGACUUUCUCGGAUGGGUCAAGAUUGGCAUUGUCAUUUUUAUGAUUUUGUGCGGCGUCUAUGUGGUGGUUUUUCAGCCAGACACGGGCGUACCAACAACACUGGGCAGCAGCGUGUCGCAACAACUUACAUGGCAUCGUCUCUGGGAAGGCAGCAAUUGGAACUGGGGCGUGCUGUGCACGUCGCUGUUCAAGGUCUUUUACUCGUACUCGGGCCUUGAAAACAUAAGCAACGUGCUCAACGAGGUCAAGGACCCGGUGCGGACUCUGCGCUCCGUCACCAGGACAGCCUUGGUCACGGCAUGCAUCAUGUACUUUCUCAUCAACAUUGCCUACUUUCUCGUCGUGCCGCUAGACGAGAUUAAAGGAAGCGGCGAGCUGAUUGCCGCCCUCUUCUUUCAACGCAUAUUCGGAUCUGGUCUUGGCGGUCGAGUACUUCCUCUCUUUGUCGCACUGUCGGCUUUUGGCAACGUGCUCGUGGUAGUCUUUGCCAUGGCACGGUUAAAGCACGAAAUAGCCCGUCAGGGUUUUUUACCAUUUUCCGACUUGCUUUCAUCGACCAAGCCUUUCAACUCGCCCUUUGGUGGACUCAUCGUAAACUAUAUUCCAUCCUUUCUCAUCAUUGUGCUGCCGCCCUCGGGCAGAAUCUACUCCUUCAUCCUCGAGGUGGAAGGCUAUGCAGGGCAGCUGACGGGCCUAGCGAUUGCGGUCGGACUACUCUGGCUGCGGUACAAGCAGCCAGACUUGCAUCGCCCUUACAAGGCAUCACUCCUUGCAGUCACAGUCAAGCUUCUGUUGAGCGUCGCGCUGCUGGUGGCGCCCUUUGUACCGCCCAAAGAAAAAUACACGGGUGGCUUAUUCUACGCCACGUAUGCCAUAGUCGGCAUGUCGACGGUCUUGAUCAGCAUAGUUUACUGGUACGUUUGGACAGUGCUUAUUCCCCGGUGGUGGGGAUACAGCCUUGAGGAAGAGGACGCCAUUCUGCCGGACGGAACGACAAUUACAAAGCUCAUUCAUAAGCCUCUUCAAUAA